GCCCCGCUUGUUCCUCCUCCUGAGCGCAACGGGCGGGGCGCCAUCCCACCCCAUCUCCCCUCCCCGCCCCACCAUAUCCUGCAGGGUGGCCCAGCAAACGCAGGCUGGGUAAGGCCACCCUGUCUGCCCCAGGACUUGUGGGCCGGAAACGAUCCUGUCACAAAGGGGGCAACACGUGGGUGUCGACAGGCUGGGCAGUGGUCCCAGGGAGCCAGGGUUGCAGGGAGAACCGCCCCGCCGUCCCAGCCACCAGACCUAUCCACCUUCAGCCGGCGCCCGGCUCCGUCUACUACCUUCAUCCAGUCUUUUCCAUCUGGUUCGGAGCCCAUAAUAACCAUGUCCAUCCUCUAUGUUUCCCCUCACCCCGAUGCCUUCCCCAGCCUGCGAGUCCUCAUAGCUGCGCGCUAUGGGGAGGCUGGAGAGGGACCGAGUUGGGGAGGGGCCCACCCCCGCAUCUGUCUCCAGCCUCCUCCGGCCAGCAGGACUCCCUUUCCCCCACCCCGUCUGCCUGCCUUGGAGCGGGGGUCCGGUGGGCUCUGGGUGUGGGGGGCCACAGCUGUGGCCCAGCUGCUUUGGCCAGAAGGUCUGGGAGGCCCUGGGGGCAGCCGGGCAGCCGCCCUCGUCCAACAGUGGGUCAGUUACGCGGACACGGAGCUAAUACCAGCUGCUUGUGGGGCAACGCUGCCCGCCUUGGGACUCCGCAGCUCUGUCCAUGAUCCUGAGGCUGCACUGGGGGCCCUGGGAAGGGCCCUGAGCCCCUUGGAAGAGUGGCUUCGGCAGCACACCUACCUGGCUGGGGAGGCUCCCACUUUGGCUGACCUGGCAGCUGUCACAGCCUUGCUUCUGCCUUUCCGUUAUGUGCUGGACCCCUCUGCUCGCCAAAUCUGGGGUAAUGUCACUCGCUGGUUUAUCACCUGUGUCCAGCAGUCAGAAUUCCGGGCAGUGCUGGGAGAGGUGGUUCUGUAUUCAGGGACCAGGCCUCUCUCCCAGCAGCCAGGCCCUGAGGUCACUGCACCUCCAAAGACACCUGCUCAACUCAAGAAAGAGGCAAAGAAACGGGAGAAGCUAGAGAAAUUUCAACAGAAGCAGAAGAUCCAACAGCAGCAACCACCCCCAGGGGAGCAGAAGAAACCAAAGCCAGAGAAGAGGGAGAAACGGGAUCCUGGGGUCAUUACCUAUGACCUCCCAACCCGACCUGGGGAAAAGAAAGAUGUCAGUGGCACCAUGCCCGACUCCUACAGCCCUCAGUACGUGGAGGCAGCCUGGUACCCUUGGUGGGAGCAACAGGGCUUCUUCAAGCCAGAGUAUGGACGUUCCAGUGUAUCAGCACCAAAUCCACGGGGCAUCUUCAUGAUGUGCAUCCCACCCCCAAAUGUUACAGGCUCCCUACAUCUGGGCCACGCCCUCACCAACGCGAUCCAGGACUCCCUGACCCGAUGGCAUCGCAUGCGUGGGGAGACCACCCUGUGGAACCCUGGCUGUGACCACGCCGGCAUUGCCACCCAGGUAGUGGUGGAAAAGAAGCUCUGGCGAGAGCAGGGACUGAACCGGCACCAGCUGGGCCGUGAGGCCUUUCUACGGGAGGUCUGGAAAUGGAAGGAGGAGAAGGGGGACCGGAUUUACCACCAGCUGCGGAAGCUUGGCAGCUCCUUGGAUUGGGACCGAGCCUGUUUCACCAUGGACCCUAAGCUGUCUUCAGCUGUGACAGAGGCCUUUGUCCGGCUCCAUGAGGAAGGAGUCAUCUACCGCAGUACCCGCCUUGUCAACUGGUCCUGCACCCUCAACUCUGCCAUCUCUGACAUCGAGGUGGAUAAGAAGGAGCUGACAGGUCGCACCCUGCUCUCUGUGCCUGGCUACAAGGAAAAGGUGGAGUUUGGGGUCCUCAUCUCCUUUGCUUACAAGGUCCAAGGCUCAGAGACCAAUGAGGAGGUGGUGGUGGCAACAACUCGUAUCGAGACAAUGCUGGGAGAUGUGGCUGUAGCUGUGCACCCCAAAGAUCCUAGAUACCAGCACCUGAAGGGAAAGAGUGUGAUCCAUCCAUUCGUGUCUCGGAGCCUCCCUAUCCUAUUUGAUGAUUUUGUGGACAUGGAGUUUGGCACAGGUGCAGUGAAGAUCACCCCUGCACAUGACCAGAAUGACUAUGAGGUUGGACAGAGGCACGGGCUGGAGGCCAUCAGUAUCAUGGACUCCCGAGGGGCCCUCAUCGGCGUACCCCCGCCUUUCCUGGGCCUGCCCAGGUUUGAGGCCAGGAAGGCAGUGCUGGCAGCGCUGAAGGAACGGGGACUAUUCCGUGGCAUUGAGGACAACCCUAUGGUGGUACCGCUUUGCAAUCGGUCCAAAGACGUGGUGGAGCCUCUGCUGCGACCACAGUGGUACGUGCGCUGUGGGGAGAUGGCUCAGGCGGCCAGUGCUGCCGUGACUCGGGGCGACCUCCGAAUCCUGCCUGAGGCCCAUCAGCGGACUUGGCACGCCUGGAUGGAUAACAUCCGGGACUGGUGCAUCUCCCGGCAGCUGUGGUGGGGCCAUCGCAUCCCAGCCUACUUUGUCACAGUCAAUGACCCAGCCGUACCCCCUGGGGAGGACCCUGAUGGGCGGUACUGGGUGAGUGGGCGCAGCAAGGCCGAAGCCUGUGAGAAGGCAGCCAAGGAGUUUGGAGUGUCCCCUGACAAGAUCAGUCUCCAGCAAGAUGAGGAUGUGUUGGAUACCUGGUUCUCCUCUGGCCUCUUCCCCUUUUCCAUCCUGGGCUGGCCCAACCAGUCAGAAGAUCUGAGUGUAUUCUACCCUGGCACACUGUUGGAGACGGGCCACGAUAUCCUCUUCUUCUGGGUGGCCAGGAUGGUCAUGCUGGGCCUGAAGCUCACCGGCAGGCUACCCUUCAGAGAGGUCUACCUCCAUGCCAUCGUGCGAGAUGCUCACGGCCGUAAGAUGAGCAAGUCUCUGGGCAAUGUCAUCGACCCCCUGGAUGUCAUCCAUGGAGUCUCCUUGCAGGGCCUCCAUGACCAGUUACUGAAGAGCAACCUGGAUCCCAGUGAGGUGGAGAGGGCUAAAGAAGGGCAGAAGGCAGACUUCCCAGCGGGAAUUCCUGAGUGUGGCACCGAUGCCCUUCGGUUCGGACUAUGCGCCUACACGUCCCAGGGUCGCGACAUCAACCUGGAUGUGAACCGGAUACUGGGGUACCGCCACUUCUGCAACAAGCUCUGGAAUGCCACCAAGUUUGCCCUUCGUGGCCUUGGCAAGGGCUUCGUGCCCUCAGCCACCUCUGAGCCUGGAGGCCACGAGAGCCUGGUGGACCGCUGGAUCCUCAGUCGGCUGACUGAGGCGGUGAAGCUCAGCAACCAAGGUUUCCAGGCCUACGACUUCCCAGCUGUCACAACUGCCCAGUACAGCUUCUGGCUCUAUGAGCUCUGUGAUGUCUACCUGGAGUGCCUGAAGCCUGUGCUGAGUGGGGUGGACCAGGUGGCUGCAGAGUGUGCCCGCCAGACCCUCUACACCUGCCUGGAUGUUGGCCUGAGACUGCUCUCACCAUUCAUGCCCUUUGUGACAGAGGAGCUGUUCCAGAGGCUGCCCCGGCGGACACCACAGGCACCCCCUAGCCUCUGUGUUACCCCUUACCCAGAACCCUCAGAGUGCUCUUGGAAAGACCUCGAGGCUGAAGCCGCCAUCGAAUUGACCCUGAGCAUCACUCGAGCUGUGCGCUCCCUCCGUGCCGACUACAACCUCAUCCGGAUCCGACCUGACUGUUUCCUGGAAGUGGCUGAUGAGGCUACAGGCGCCCUGGCAUCAGCCGUGUCGGGCUAUGUGCAGGCGCUAGCAGGCGCAGGUGUUGUGGCUAUCCUGGCGCUAGGGGCUCCUGCACCCCAGGGUUGUGCUGUGGCCCUGGCCUCUGACCGCUGCUCCGUCCACCUGCAACUGCAGGGUCUGGUAGACCCAGCCCGGGAGCUGGGCAAGCUGCAGGCCAAGCGUGGUGAGGCGCAGAGGCAGGCCCAGCGUCUGCGGGAGCGCCGUGCCACUGUGGGCUACCCGGUCAAGGUGCCCAUCAGAGUCCAGGAGGCAGACAAAGCCAAGCUCCAACAGACAGAAGCAGAGCUUAGGAAGAUGGAUGAGGCCAUCGCCCUAUUUCAGAAGAUGCUGUGAUACACCAACUCCAACCCUUAUAACCCCCCAGUGGACCACCAGGGGGAUGGCAGCAAUAAAUAUUUUGCCACAAAA